AUGGCGGGGUUAUUUCGGAGGGUAUACGACUGGUUGCUGAGGACGUUUUGGGCCAUGGAAAUGGAGGUAACUCUGGUCGGCCUGCAGAAUGCGGGGAAAACGUCGCUAUUGCGCGUGUUGGCGGGCGGCGAAUUCACUCUAGACUCGAUCCCGACAGUGGGCUUCAACAUGAAGCGCGUGCAACGUGGACACGUCACUCUGAAGUGCUGGGACAUCGGAGGCCAGCCGCGGUUCCGGGGCAUGUGGGAGAGGUACUGUCGGGGCGUCAACGCCAUCGUCUUCAUUGUAGACAUUGCGGAUGUAGCGCUCAUUCCGCAGGCCAAAGACGAACUGCACUCGCUCAUGGAAUAUGCGACACUGGCCGGGAUCCCGCUCCUCGUCCUGGGCAACAAGUCGGACUUGCCACAGAAGCUUUCGGUAGACGAGCUCAUCGACGAGCUGGACCUGAAGAGCAUCCAGGGCCGUGAGGUGUGCUGCUAUGGCAUCAGCGCCAAGGAGGAGACGAACCUGGACGCCGUGGUGCAGUUUCUGGUGAAAUGGGCUGGCCGUUGA